UUUUUCAACUAUUUUUGACAUAUUUUGAGCUUGGAGUAUGUGAAGAGGCAAACAUGGUAGACGCAGACGCGUCAAAAUUGAUGUCUUUUAAGUGACAAUGCUGCCAUCGUGUGGUCAAAAUCGACAGUUUUGUGUUCUGUAUUCACUCGAGCAAUUAUAGAAAACGUGGAAUACGUUUACCUCAAUACAUUUUAUGAAUACAAACAAUUUAACAAAAUAAAUUGUUUCAGUUUAAUUUUUCAAAAAUGUCUAUAUUCAAAAUAGACAUUUUUGAAAAGCGGAUUUCUUAAAAAAAGGGAAAAAAAGGCCUUUGUUAAAUCUGGCUUACAUGCUUAAGACAAAUGGUUGUAAACAGGGCCAAAUUAGGGUUCCUCGUCUUGUAACAAAAGCAGAAUCUUUUCUGGUGCUAAAGUGGCCGCGUAGACAGUGCACUUAAAUUCGGUUGCCAGUUCACCUUUUCUUUCUUAAUCGCGUUCUGUACACACAUAAUUCACUUUAAUACGGGAGUGACAACCGCAAUAACUCCCGAAAAAUACAGGUAGUGGUAAUCGCAUUUACAGAAAUUCUACGCAGUAUGUACGGAACUGAACUGAACAACUAGUUGUUAAUGACGUGUUUAAACGCGCACCAGAAAUAUGUCUUCGUCUGUAUGUGAGACCCAAGAAAAUAACAGUGAAAGAAGUCUUGAUCUUAGCACAUUUUGACACGGGGCUAGUUGCACUCACGAGCCUGCGGUAAAGUGUCAUUGUUGCCAGAUCUUCUUAGAAAACAACAACGAACAGGGUCAAGCACAAAAAAACACUAAAACACCCAAAUGAUUUAUAUUUUAUAACACCAAAAAAAUAAUAUCCGCAAAAAAGAUCACUUUAUUAAAGUCCAUACCUUUAUGAGGUAAGACCAAACAACAUGCCUAAAACCACUUGUAAAUAUGAGGACAUGGCAACCCUGCAAGACAUUGCUCUCUAAAGCAAAAAUAAAAAGAAAUACAACACCUCUAUCAGUGGUAGUUUAGUUAAAAUCGACGGACAAAGAGAGUCUUUAGCCAAAAAAUGGCAGAUACCAAACGGCUAAAUUCUUAUUCACUUUUCCGUAUACACAUGGACGAUAAUUUACAGGACUCACUCCCGCAUUUAAUUGCGGUUGCCACUCCUGAAACGUGCAGUGUGUACGUAACAGAAUCCGCAGCCGCAGCUAUUUGUAAAUUUUAUGGGUUUGGCUUUCGGUCUCAUCCGCUUCCAACUCUUAACUGUUCAAGCUCGUUUUGCUGCUUGAUAUUGCAGACUGGUGUGUCUUACCAUGUUAUUUUAACGUAUUAUUUUAAUUAUGAACACACCGGUUUGUAAUGCAAAAAGUUUUACCGUUUACUGCACAUUGUUAUUCUUCUCAUUAUUUCUCUUUUAGAUUAAAAAUUGAUCAUUUAGGUACUUUUUUGACGUGAAAUUUUGGCACAAAUUACUAAAACAACAAUUAUUAUCUAAAUACAGCAUAAAUGACAGCUGAACAUAAUGAUGUUGUGGGGUGUGAAAACAUUUAAAAUACAUGACUGAGUUCAGAGUUACAGUAUGUAUCUUCUAUUUGUUUAUGGAAAAAGUUUUUUAAAUAGUGGUAAAAGAAUAUUCUAUGUUUAAAAUCAAGCUUUUUUACAUUAGAAAACCAAAUAUAGCCAAACAAACAGCAGACGCCAAACGGCUUUCAGCACCCUGGACAGCAGCAGCAGCUUGGAUUUAUUAUUUCGGUUACAUAUUUUUUUUUUUUAUAUAAGAUAGUCUGGUCACACCACCAGGUGGCAUAAAACGAACAAAUAUUGCUUUUCACCUUGUAAAGCAGCCUUCAGUCGCUCUAAGAGCGUUAUUUGUCUCAUAUUUGUUCAAAAUACGCUCAACGUUAAGAAUAUAGCGAGCACACAAAAUACAUCGCAAAUUAAGAGAGCGUUGAAACAAAUCUGCAUUUAACAGUGCAAUUAGUCAAGGCAUCCAAUGCGCAUGCGUGGAGUGGAUCGUGUACCCCCUGUGCUCAGCUCGGGGCGCAUCAUUGACAGGUACCUCCCGUGCACUUCUCAUGCAUUGAACACCUGUAAGAUGUGCAUGGAAACAACAGCUGAGGUGCCAUUAAGCCCAUGCAAAUCCUCUAAAAUCUCAUCAUAAUGACUAAUUGGACAAACGUGUCCAGCUGCCCGUUCAGCAUCACUUUAUGCGCUGAGGACAUUAUGGAUAGUAAUGCAACUGCUGAGGACUUAGAGUACCCGGUGCAUCUCUUCCCAGUCCCUAUCCUGACUGGCAUCACAGUGACGUGCUCUUUCCUGUUCCUCGUCGGAAUUGCCGGGAACCUGUUGACCAUCCUCGUGGUCACUAAAUACAAAGACAUGCGAACCACCACCAACCUUUACCUCUGCAGCAUGGCACUUUCAGACCUGCUGAUUUUCCUCUGCAUGCCGCUCGACCUGUACCGGGUCUGGCGGUACCGGCCGUGGAACUUUGGCGACGAGCUCUGCAAACUCUUUCAGUUUGUGAGUGAAAGCUGCACGUACUCCACCAUCCUCAACAUCACCGCCCUCAGCGUGGAGAGAUACUUCGCCAUCUGUUUUCCCUUCAGGGCAAAAGUCAUCGUGACGCGGGGUCGGGUAAAAGGGGUGAUUUUACUCCUCUGGACUGUGGCUCUGUGCAGCGCGGGACCCAUUUUCAUUCUAGUUGGGGUCGAGCACGAAAACGGCACCAACCCUUGGGAGACCAAUGAGUGUAAAGCGACCGAGUAUGCCAUCCGGUCCGGACUGCUUACUAUGAUGGUUUGGGUCUCCAGCGUGUUUUUCUUCCUCCCGGUCCUCUGUUUGACAGUGUUAUACAGCCUUAUAGGCAGAAGACUGUGGAGAAGAAAGGAGAAUCCUGUCGGACCUAUUUCUAGCCGGGAUAAGAACAAUAAACAGACGGUCAAAAUGCUGGCUGUGGUGGUUCUUGCGUUUGUUCUCUGCUGGCUGCCAUUUCACGUGGGUCGCUAUCUGUUCUCCAAGUCAUCCGAAGCCAAUUCUCCCCUCAUCUCCCAAAUCAGCGAAUACUGCAACCUGGUCUCCUUCGUGCUGUUUUACCUCAGCGCCGCGAUCAACCCCAUCCUCUACAACCUCAUGUCAAAGAAGUACAGGAGCGCGGCGUGCAAACUGUUCGGAGUCAAGCGCGCUCCCGGACGAUCAGUGCAGAGCAUCGUGAACGCGGAGAGCUUUUCGGUGUGGAACGAAUACAGCUGGAGCACGUGACACAGGAAAAGCCUCGUUUAAUAAACGUGCACUUUUUAAGAGACUAAAAAACGGACAGUCAACUGUAACCUCAUCAUCAUUCGCUUAAGUCAUCUUUUGUCAGCAUGGUUUCAGUUACCUUGUAUAUAGCAGUAACUUGCUGAGCUCUGAAAAUUAUAUUAUUAUAGUUAUAUAUUCAUCUAAUGCUGACUGAAUCUUGUUUGCCAUUAAAACAAUAAUACAAAUACAUUCAUUUAGCCUUGCAUUUCAGGCACAACAUAACCGACCUGGUGCAUACACCAAAUAUUAUCGUAUUUUAUGACAAUGUUUACGCACAGGUACCAUCAUCAGCAGACACCAGCAGUGUAACGAUGAUUCCCUUUACCCUGGUAUUCAUGCAAACUGUACAUAUGCACACGAACCCAAAAAUGCCUUAAACUGUGUGAAGUACUGGACGACAGAGCACUGUAGAUGUAAGCACUCUAACAUUGUACCCGAUGUGGGAGACAUACAAUGGUGCUGAAUGAAAAUCCCAUGCCAUAAAAAGCACCAAGCUUGUGUUAUUAUUACAUAAAUGUGUAGCAGCCAUAAAAAGUGCACUUAUUGCAGGUUUGUGAACGCUGCUGUCACAGUAGCUUUUGUGUUUGAAUUCAGCCGGUGUUGCUUGGCAAUGACAUACGAAAUUGAAAUGUACAGCUAUUUCUUGACUUGAGUGGAACCGUGUUUUAAUAUUUAUAAAAUAUAUUUGAUAUCUACUUGAUGUCUAUUGCCUUUAACCCACACUGUGAGACAUUUUAUGGAGUGUUUUAGCCUGUUGUGUAAUAUAUCCACCUUAUUUUUACCGUUAGAGCGGACGCGGCCGUUAGCAAAUUUUACGUGAGGCUUCCGGUCUCAGCUUGUUUUGCUUCUGGAUAUUGCAAGUUGAUGUGUUUCGACGUGUUAUUUUAAUUAUGAACACACUGGUUUGUAGUGCAAACAUGUUUACCGUUUACUCCACGUUGUUAGUCUUCUCUUCACACCACCUUGUUUUUCCAAAAGAGCGGGAGCGGCCGUUUGUAAAUUGUAUGGGUGUGGCUUCCGGUCUCAUCCGCGUCCAUCUAUUUUAACUGUACAAACUCGUUUUGCUCUAGAUAUUGCAAAUAGGUGUGUCUUACCAUAGUAUUUCAACGUGUUAUCUUAAUUAUGAACACACUUGUUUGUUGUGCAAACAGUUUUACAGUUUACCGCGCAUUGUUAUUCUUCUCGUUAUUUUCCGCGGCUAAUUAACCGGAAGUCUCGCUCAUAGGCUUACUUCCGCGUUGAAGAAUAAGGUGGAUAUAAAGUUUUUGA